UAUGAGUCUUUUGUAGUCCAUUUGUUGUCCGGUCUUCACGGCAUGCGCUUAAUUCCACAGGAGGAUGGUCAGUUGCAUGUUAUCGGCUGCAGUUCCCGAAGGAAAUGGCAAAGACCAGCACGACCUCCCGUUUCCUACCAAACAUGGGCAAUCACAUGCUCCCCUCCCCUGUUCAAAUACUGCUUCUCUCUUGUCGCCUCUAGUGCAAACUUUUCCACUCACCACUGCCACCCUAUCUCGAUGUUCAUGAUGAGGGUGGAACUCACUCCGGUGCGCCUUCUAAUCCUCCUCCUCCUCCUCAUAGUUGUUGCCGCGCCGCUCGUGUCGGCGAUGGCUCCUAAGGAGGAAAUCAAGGAGGGCGCCCAUAGAGAGGACCUCGAUGACAAAAUCAGUAUUGCGAGUGUGGACCCAGACGGUUAUGCAGCCAAGGAGGAAACCAAGGAGAAAUUGCUACAGGGCGCCCACAAAGAGGACCUCGAUGACAAACUCAGUAUCGCGAGUGUCGACCCAGACGCUUAUGCGGCCGUUAGGAAAUCAGUUGGGCCUGAUAGCAAGAAGCAGGUUGCUAAGGAUGUUGUUGACAAGACGAGCUAUGUUAUGGGUGCUCUGCCUGAAAAGAAACCUGAAAAGAGUGAUGGGAACAAACCUGAAAAGAGUGAUGAUAACAAACCUGAAAAGAAGGUCAUGUCUCUACUCAAAGGAGAGACGAAGAACAAUGUCUAUGAGGAUGCCAUUGCCGAGAAGCAUGCCGAGAGCAAAUCAAAAAACAAGACCAACGAGGAAGAGGAGAAGAAAUCCAAGAGUAAAGGUGACUCCUCUGAGUAUGAUGGUACCGAGAAGAAGUACAAAAUCAAGAGUGACAUCUCCGAGGAAGAUGGUAGUGAGAAGAAGGAGAAGAAAUCUAAAAAUAAGGAUGAUGACGAGGAGGAAAAGGAGAAGAAUUCCAAAAGCAAAGAGGAGGACUCUGUAUAUGACACGGAGGAGAAACCCAAAAACGAGGAUGACAAUGAUGAGAAGAAAGACAAGAAGUCCAAAAACAAAGAUGACGAUGAUGAUGACGAUGAUAAUGAUGAUGAUGAUGAUGAUGAUGAUGAGAACCAACAAAAGAAAGAAAAGAAAGAGAACAAAAUAAAAAUAAAGGAAGACGGCGAUCAUGAUGAGAAGAAAGAGAAGAAAUCUAAAAGUAAAGAUGAUGAUGAUGAUAAGAAGAAAGAAAGGAAAUCCAAAAAGGAAAACGACUCGGUCGCAAAGAAAUCUAAAAGCAAAAGCGAGUCCUACGAAACUGUUGACAAGAAGAAAUCAAAAGGCAAAAACACGACAUCACACGAAGAUUUCGAUGCCGUCCCCACGGAGGCCAAGGCCAACGAAUCUAUGCCAGUGGCAGGCACACCCGACGGGUACCAAGCGCCGACCAUGAAGACCAACUCAGAGAUGUCCACGUCCGACACACCCGACGGCUACCAAGCGCCGACGAUGAAGACCAAAUCACAGUUGCCCGCGGCCGACAUGCCGGACGGCUAUCAAGCGUCAACCACUGCCCAGCCAAAGAUAUCUGCAGCAGACACACCCGAUGGUUACACCGUGUCGACAACGCAGAUGUCAGCAACUGACACACCAGAUGGUUACAUCAGGCCGAGCAAGGCCCAACCGACGAUGUCUGUGACGGACUCGCCCGACGGUAACCUCCCGGCGACCGACUCGCCCGACGGCAGCCUCCCGGCGACCGACUCGCCCGACGGCAGCCUCCCCGCGACCGACUCGCCCGACGGCAGCGUCCCAGCGACCGACUCGCCCGACGGCUACGCAGCUUCGACGAAGCCCAAGGUGGAUGUGCAGUCCUACUCGGAGAUGGUACCCCAGUCAGUGCUUCGGAUGCUGAGCCCACUCGUGAAGUCCAUGUGCGCCAGGACGAGCUACCCGUACGUGUGCGAGGCAUCGAUCGCCAGAUUGCCGGAAACGGCGGCGGUGCCAGCGCGGCAGAAGAACCUGUUGGGUGUGCUGACCCUGGCCAUAGAUGCGGUGCGCGCCAAGAUCGUGGAGGCGAAGAACGCAGCCACGGACGUGUCCAAGGACCCGCACGUGGACAAGCUCUCCAAAGGCGCCAUCAGCGACUGCAUUGGUAAUUACGACGACAUGAACUACCAGUUCGACUCGGCGCUGACCGCGCUGAAGCGAGGAGACAAGGCGACGGCGCGCAGCGCGCUGGACGCGGCGCGCACCGAUGUUGACACCUGCGACAACGGUUUCCUCGACCGCCCGCAGCUGAAGCCAAUUCUGGGCGAUUACGAGAAGGUGCUCGCGCAGCUCUCAAGCAACGUCCUCGCCAUCAAUGCCAACGCCAAGUAUUAGAGAUCUAUCUCAUCACGACCUCAUCAUUCCAUCCGGAAAGGAACCUGUAAGAAGCGUUUCCACUGAUCGCCGAAACAUACGGUAUUGACUUACUAACAUCCUUCUUGCGUGCAAACCGCAUGAGUUUGUAUAUGGUUCUUUUUUUUUUUUUGGAAAGGAUGUAUAUGGCUCUGUGUGUGUUGUGAUAAUGUACUAACAUUAGUUGACCGUCUUGUUAAACUUCUUCAUUUAAAUUAAUUUGCUCCUCCUUCGUGGUUCAUGUUACUUCCUUUGUCUUAGUUUAUAUGACAUGCAUGUUGUUCGAAGUUGACAAUUAAAGUACCUAAAUAUAUAUUACAUUUGAUGAAAUAU